GAUGCCGUGGAUUAAUGAAAAAAGCGUACGAGCUCGGUGUUCUAUGCUCGGUGGACAUAGCUGUUAUCGUCUUCGAGGACCGCCAGGGUCAUAAGCCGAAGCUCUACGAGUACUGCUCCACCGAGAUACGACACAUUGUCCAACGUCACAUGCGGUUCGAUGGAGAACGGGACACGAAAGGUCCAAUGGACUUUGGCGGUUCCAAAGCUGAAGACGGUGGGGACGACGACGACGGCGAUGACGACGAUACGUUCUCUAGUGGAAGUCCGAACAUGAUGCGCACCGGCCAAGGUGCUGGGAUGGCCUCUGGCGGUAUGGCUCCACACUUAAUGGCGCUCACGCCAACGCAGAUGCAGCACCUUCAACCGUCGUUCGGCAUGCAAACUCACCCAUCCGCCUUUCCCUCGUCUCUCGAGCGUUCACGGUCUAACACCAUCCCCUCUUACCCGGGUCAAAAGAGGCCGCGCCUCGACCAUCCAGUCCGGACGCCUUAUGGCUUCGGUCUUGACAUGACCGCGCACUCUCAGGGCCAUACCUCCAACGUCGGAUCCCAUACUGCGGCUCAUCAUUACUCGCCGUCGACAGCGCAAUAUCCCAACCAUUCUAGUACGGCGCCCUCGAACUCGUUUCCCAUGUCAUCGAACUCUGCAUCAUUGCUCCGUGGCUCCGGCAACUUCACUCCCCGCACUGGUCAACUGCACGCUGCCUCGUUCGAGAUGGAUAACGGGUUCGAUUGGCCUGUCCACCACACCGGCUCCACGAACACGAACUCGGCGGUACCGACGAACCAACCUCGUUCCUCCGCGUCAUCCACCCCGCACCAGGCCCAAACCGCGAACUCCGAUCCGUCUGCCUGGUUAGACGGGUUCCUGGGCAGUUCGUCGUCGGCUUCCCCGUCCACUCACGCCGGCGUACACGGCAACUCUGAAAGCCAAGCGCAGGGGCUCGCGCUCCCCAUGCCCAACAUCAGCGGAACUCGUCGCCCAAGCAUGAGCAUGGGAGCGACAUGGGACCGAUCUCACGACGGUGCGAGCACCCCACGCAUGGGGCAAGGCAGCCAUGACACCACGCCACGACUCGGACAUGGGCAUGACGUCCUUGGCAAACGCGACCGGGAGAGCUCUGGCGACGGUAGCAGCAAUGGCCACGGUCGGAGCGGCGGGAGUCCCAGGAUCAAAAGAGAAAACAUGGACGAUGGCGCCGUGGCUAUCGUAGGAGGUCAAGCAUAGCUCCUACGGAUCGUCAUUCGCGUCUCGUGUCGGUAUAUGUAUUGCAUUCAGCGACUUCCUCGACUAUGCUCACUCUUUCUUUCGUAUGAGCCAAGGACAAGGUUCAUAUGACGGUGUCUUUUCCAUCCCUGUAUCUACAGUGCUCUUUGAGACGUUGCAUGUAUCAUGGCCACGGUUUCUUAUCC